UGAGAAAACUUCAUUCACACUGUCACUGAAGACUAUUCAGAUAUCAAGCAGAAGCGAAGAAAUAAUGGAUUCCCAAAUUGCACAGUUCACUAAAAGCCUCACCACAGCUGACCAGAUGAAAGAUCAAACCAAGCUUGUGAUGCAGCCUUAUGCUAAUUGGGAGCAGUACCUGACUCCUGCACCACUCUCCAUAGCCAUCCUGGGAGAGCUGGUCUUCAUCUCUUCCAAAACAGAUUUCUCCAUUAACAAAAACCCACCCAAAGACGGCUACAAGCACAUCAGAUACCCAGAUUCAUUUCGUGCCUGUCUAAUGCAAGUGUGUAACUCGGGCUGGUGGGCUUUCAAUGAGGCCCACAAGAACAUGGAUCAGAUUCGGCUCCACACCUUGGCUGUUCCAGACUACAUGAAGACUGCAGUGAAGAUUCUGUUCCAAGGUGAUGAUGAGGUUGUUAAAAACCUCCUUCCUGACCAACUGCAGAACAUUCAUAAUAUAGCAGAUGACUGUUUACUCCUGGCUAAUAAAACAGAAAAGCAGUUCACCAAUGUUAUCAAUAUUAUCCAAGAGCUGCUGGAAGCCUGUAUAAAUGCUGAACACUUUUAUGGGGAAGAGCUGGAAGAAAUCAAGAAGAAGCUGGAAGAGACCAAACUGAGAGAAGAGACAUCAAAAAAAGCCAAUGAACGUAUGGAGAAGGCAGUGAAGAUCAUGGAAAAGGAACUGAAGGAGGCACAAGAGAACUACUCUAAAGCACUGGACUCCCUGCCUAGUGGUUGGGAAAUGAUUGGUAUGGACUUGGUUGGGGGAAUAGCUGAAGGAUUCACCACUAUGCUGAAUGGAAUGACAAGUGUAGUGACCAAAACAUGUGGUCGUUAUCUUGAAAAUCCACAGAUGGACUGUGCUGGGGAUUUAGUUGAUGAAAUAAAAAUCUACAGCAAGUCCAACACAAUACUGACAUGCACACAGAAUAUUCUGCAGUAUGUGCAGGAGAACAAUAUUGAUUGGAAGAAAUUGUAUGACCAGAAGAAUAAAGCUACAAAAACAGAGCAUUUGAAAAAACAGCUCAAGGAAAUUAACACUAGCAUCAGAACAGUCCCAGAAUGUCAACCGAAAAGUCAGGUCUUAGAGUUAUGCGACGAGGCCAUAAACAUCUGCAAUGAACUGGCAAAAUAUGCACCAGAUGGGAGGCGCAAAGAAGCCAAAACAGAGGAGCUGAUCGAGAGGAUCAGAAAACUCACUGAAUCAGCCCGCAUUUUUGACUGCAAGAGCAAAGAUGCUACAAACACUCCUUCUCUGACUCCAACGCCACCCAUGAUGGCAAAGGAAGAAAGUAAAUCUGAGAAGCAGCGUCCUUCAGAACGAGCAAAUGAGAAUGCCAGGUUCCGCAUAGAGCAGAGUCAAGCCCAACUAAACAAGACCAGAGAACUCUAUGAGAAGAGUGUGGAGAGCAUGGAGAAAAACCAAAAGGAACUGACUGAUGUUCUGAUCACUAUGAGAAACUGUCAGGUCCAAGAGAUAGACUUUAAUACCACCAUACAAAUGCUGGUCAAAGGGAUGGAUGCCAUGGGGAGAGUGAAGGAGCAGUGGGAGAAGAUGGUGCGCUUCUUUCAGAUGGUGUCCAGCAUUGUGAAAACAAGCCUGAGCAGAACUCUCAAAGAUUUUGUGUCCACAUCUGAGAAGACUCAGUCACUUUCCUACAAUGCAAAGCUCUUCUCCAAAGAUCUGCUGUACAAACAAGCAUUUCAGGCCACUAACAUCGCCAGCCUCGUCCACAUGAUCUCAGCGACCUACACUGAAGUGUCUGAUAAGUAUCUCAUGGAUCGUGUCAGCUCACUUGGGAAACUUAUGGCCAUGGACAAGGAAAAACCAGAGUUUGAACAGGAGCGUCUGCAUUUACAGAACUCCUGUGAUGAAGCUCAAAAAGCCAUUUUACAACUUGUUCUCAAGAAUAAGGAAGAGUUUGAAAAGAAGACUGAUUCAAGACUGGAGAAGAUCAACAAAGAGUUGCUGGCCAUUCUUCCCUCUGCUGCUCCAGAACAGAUGAAGAGCAUCCAAGCAGCUGUCAAAAGUGGAUUCACAACGGAGGAGGAAGCAGAUUACUACUGA